UAGAAAUGAGAGAAUAAGAAGAUGAGUAGAAUAACAACAGAUAUAAUAGAAGAACAUACAACAAAUACAAACAACAAAUACAGAAGAAUAGAACAAAGGACAAGCAUUAUAAUCCACCGCCGGCGAAGGGGCCAAGAAGUGAAAAGUGGUUGAGCCGCGCGCUAAGAAACCGAAACCAAAAUAGUUCACUUCUUUGUCUUAAAUACUUCACCUCCUCUUCUUCUCUUCUUCUUCUUCUCUUCCUCAGUUAUAUAUCCCUUUGUCUGUCUUUGUCUAGACCAUCCACUUCUCUCCUUGCUGUCUGCGACGCCUCGCCUGCUUGUGGCAAUCACGAUCAUGCGCUCGAGACGCGCCGUCAUCCGCCUUUUUGCCGCGUUCAUCAUCUCCAUCAUCCUCCUCUCCCCUUUCUUCGGCUCAUCUUCCAAGCUCGACAAAAAACUCGCUCCCUCCUCCUCCUCCUCCUCCUCCUCUUCCUCAACACACAAAACAUCAAACAAACCGACAGAAACAGUCCUCAAACCAGUCGAGGUCACGAUCGAAAAGAUUGACAACAACGCGGUCGUCGACACCGUCGCCAGCCUCAGCGAUCACGCCGACCAAGUCAUCAACGACAUCCACGAGUCCGAGUCCGAUCGCGAAGAUGGAAGGAUAGACCCCGCGCUCAUCUCGGCCGGCCAUGUCGUGCCCGAUCUGCCUCAGCUCUCGCAGGCCGCCGCUGUUUCUGCCUCUGCCUCUGCCUCUGCCGUCGCGCCCGGGGCCGCAAAACCGACCGAGAAGCCGCUGUUCGCGGACGGCAAGAUCGAGACCGCGACACCUCACGAGGCGCUCUUGCUCGCAGCGCAGGCAUACACCGGCGAGACUCCGCGCAAAGUCUUUCUCAUCAACUCGGUGCGGUAUCAUUUCGAGAUUGUGCUCCCCGUGCUCAACGUGCUCUCCGUCCUGCCCAACUCGAACGUGACCCUGUUUGCGGCUCGGUCGGGAUACAACAGAUUCGGCGUGAAGCCGUGGCUGAGGCACUACUCGCUCAAUACGCUCCGGAUGGUCGACGUCGAGAAGAUGGCCGAUCACCGCAACGACGUGCCGGAUCUGGUGUUUCUGACGUCGUGCGCGGAGGACACGCUCUAUCUCGGCUCGACGCUUACAAAGUACCUGGAGCGCGGCAGCAAGGUGAUGUGUAUUGUGCACGAGGCGCAGCGCUGGAACCUGAACGACGAGGACAACACCCGGUCUGCGUACAAGAACCAGAUCCGGUCGAUGAUCCCGUGGAUCAAGAAGAAGCGGUGGGAUCUCGUGACGCUGUCGACGCACGUGCAGAGCUAUGUGCACGACAACUUCCCGACGUUUUUCCAGACAGGGACCGCGGUCGAGUACAAUUCGACGCUGUUUUACCCGGUGUUUCAGCUACCAGAGUCGCGGAUCCUGAUGGAGCGCGAGUGGCCGUUUGUGGCGAUAGUGGGCAAGCUGGAGCCGUGGCGGCGGGACUACAGCAAGAUCUUCCGGCAGUACGAAGAGUUUAAUCCGCCGUUCAACCUGUCGCUUGUGGGCAGCGGCGUGCCGCUUAAAGUGCCGGCGGCGGUGAAGGACAAGGUGCGGCACGAGCUGGAUCUCGACUUUCCCGAGUACUUUCGGACGAUUUCAAAGGCGGCCGCGGUGGUGCCGUCGUUUGCGCAGAAGGAGUAUUUAUUCUCGCAGGCGUCGAGCUCGAUAGCGACGUCGAUAAUCACGACGACGCCGGCGCUGAUGACACGGCAGAUGCUGAAGUCGUACGCGUACGUGACCGAGGACGCGGCAUGGCUGCAGAACGAGGGCGAGACGGAGAUCGAGGCGAUCAGUCGGGUGAGUGCGAUGGGGCCGGAUGUGUGGUGGCAGCGCAAGGAGAGGAUUUCGCGGCUGCGGGACGAGCUGACGACGAAGAACUUGGUUAUGUUUGGGGAUACGCUGAUAAAGUUGAGGUAGAGGUGGAUAGAUGAGAAUAAUAAAGCUGGGUGCGGUUGUAUUACUGCUGCCCGAGGCAAGAUAGAUUGCAUACAUACGCACACAAUCUAAGCAAAAGAUCUGCUGUAAUGAGCGAGUAUAUUGCAUC